UUCCGUUUUCCCUAGAACCCAGGACUUGUUGUCACAUGAUUCAAACAUGGGAAGUUGGUAGUAAAUAUUUUCGAAACCCCUUUUAUUGGAGUCCUCUAAAUGAUGAGUACCGCCGGAGAAAGACGCGAAUAUUUGUUCAAAGUUUUAGUCAUUGGUGAUAUCGGAGUUGGAAAGACAAGCUUGAUCAAACGAUACGUACACCAGUUUUUCUCUGUCCACUAUAGGGCUACAAUUGGUGUAGACUUUGCUUUGAAAGUCAUCAAUUGGGAUGCAGAAACGUUGAUACGUCUACAAUUAUGGGAUAUAGCAGGGCAGGAAAGAUUUGGAAACAUGACAAGGGUCUAUUACAAGGAAGCUGUUGGAGCCUUCAUAGUUUUCGAUGUCACAAGAGCAUCGACUUUUGAAGCGGUGCAGAAGUGGAAGAAUGACUUAGAUAACAAGUUGCAACUUCCUUCAGGGGAACCAAUUCCUGCAGUCCUACUAGCAAAUAAGUGUGAUCAAGCUAAAGAGGGUCUGGUGAAUAACUCUGCCCAGAUGGAUGAGUACUGUGCUGAUAAAGGUUUUAUAGGAUGGUUCGAGACAUCAGCAAAAGAAGAUGUCAAUGUUAAUGAAGCGGCAAAGUUCCUUGUCUCCAAGAUACUUCAGAAUGAAAAAGAAAACAAUUUUGAUGCGCUCCCUAAGGACCCAGAGACUAUAACUCUCUCCAGCACAUCAACAGCAUCUCAGUCAUCGGCAAGGCAACUGUACCAGGCUGGGCAGUCCCAACCACAGAAGAAUGGUUGCUGUUGAAAGUGGAAAAAAAGUGUCUGAUUUGUAUAUAUAUUUCUAAAAUUAUUCUCGUCUGAAAGGAACUAAUCCAUCAGGGUUGGGCCUAGAUGCUGUAGGUGCUUGAUCUUCUUGCACAGCUUAACACCUGGGGGGCGAGAGGAGCAGAUGCAGUUUGUACCUUAAAGCGUAGCCCAUUAUCAGGAGCAUGGGCAAAACCGACACCCAUGGUCAGGAGGGGGGGGGGGGGGGCAUAAAUAUUGAGGCUUACAGGACUAUACAUAUAAUUCUGGUAAUCCUUUUUGAAUUAGAGAAUUCAGAUACAGCUUCAUUUCAGUAGAAACAUAUCAAGAUUUUAGUUUUUACAUUUUUAGCAAAAAAAAAAAAAAGAAUAUUUUUAAUUUCACUUGUUUAUAUUUUUUAGUUUGAUGCAAAGCUUUACUGUAACUUACGCUUGUGAGUCUAUGUAUUGUAUUUUUGUACAAAAAUCGUUUUAUCAAUGAAGCAAAAAUAAUAGCAUAAGAAAAUGGAAAUCAGUUUCCAGUUCUCUUAUUAAAAGACAAUUCAACUCCAUUAAUUUUUUAUUUUAUUUCACAAAGAAAAAUUAUUCCACUCUUAAGAUUGUUGUGAAAACCUUACAUUUACAAAGGUACAUGUCCAAACUAAAGUUAAAGAAAUAAGAAAAUUAAACUCUGUACUACU